AUGUGCAUGGUCAUAUUUGCUCCGCUCUUUGCCGUUUUUGCGUUCUCGACAUGUGGAGGCUACACUGGUCAGAUGACGGUUAGAGUGGACUGCAUGGACCAGACCCAAAGUAACAUCACCCUCAGCUUCGGCUAUCCAUUCAAACUGCAGCAGGUUCAUUACAAUGCGCCCCUGUGUGAAGGGAAGAGGAGGGAAACUCUGUUCCUGGAGGGAGACUUCUCUUCCUCCGCCCAGUUCUUCGUCACCGUGGCUGUCCUGGCCUUCCUCUACUCCCUGAUGGCUACGGUAGUCUACAUCUUCUACCAGAAUAAAUACAGGGAGAAAAAUAAAGGCCCGGUGGUGGACUUCUUGGUGACGGUCUUGUUCUCGUUCAUGUGGUUUGUGAGUUCAGUGGCCUGGGCCAAAGCCCUGUCUGGAAUAAAGACUGCCACUGACCUCAAUAACAUCCAGCUGCUCAUGUCCGCCUGCCGAGACAAAGACAACACGUGUGAGGCCGUAGACAGACCCAUCUGGACCAACCUGAACACGUCCGUGGCUUUUGGGUUUCUUAAUUUCUCCCUUUGGGCUGGUAAUAUCUGGUUUGCCUAUAAAGAGACGGGGCUGCAUAAGACCGGGCAGCGUUACCCGUCCAGAACUCCCUCUGAGAAGCGGAACCGAAGCUUCAGUCAGAGACAGUACAGCCAAAGCAGCUUUGACCAGUCCGGAAGCUCGUUUGGACAGCAGCUCUACAGCCAGGGGAGCUUUGAUCUGUCAGGAAGCGGUUUCACCCUCCCACAGACCAGCCUGGGACAGCCUUCCCUCUUCAGACAGGCCGGAAGCCCCACGUCCAGAGGCCCACUCAUCCUGGUCAAUGAGAUGUGA